AUGUCAUCCAGACUCCCUCCAAACGAGCUUAACAGCGCAAGCCACGAAGAUCUCAAUGAUGAUAAUAACCGCAUUGAGACUACUAGCAGCUCCACAACCAUUACCACCAUAUCGACUGCGAUAACGAUUCGUUUUUCGACCGUUGGACAAGUCGAGGAGUCCUUCAGUCGUACGAUGACGCAGGAUACCUACAACAGCAUUUCCGGUCUCGAGGACGACAACACACCCUCGACCCCUCCGACAGGUUCCCUGCCCUCCGACAACACCUUUUACUACUUCAAUCAAGCAACAUACUAUGAGUCUUUAGGUCUUGAAUGGCAGGGUCCUGAUACCGAAACGGAUUCGGAAGCACCGCAGCUUCACUCUCUGCGCGGUAGACCGGACGAGCAUAUCCUCCUAUCAGAAAUUUCCAGUAGUGACUCCUCUUCCGACGAUGACUCUUCUCCCGACGAUGACGAUGAAGCCGAGGGUAGCCCGAAUUCCUCCUUCAUCCAUCUACUAAACCCUGGGCGGCUAAUAGCAGCACUGAUACGCAACGAGGGAGCCGAGAUCCUCGAGAACUACCCUCGAUUUCGAGACUUAGCCGGUAUCGACAGCGACAGCGAUGACGAUUCUGACUCUGAAGAUGAGCUGGAACCCACGCACACAACGCAACUUGCUACACGCCGCCUGGAAGAACUCGAUUCAUUCCUCAUGACGCUCCCGUAUGCGCGUCCAGGUGGGAAUUGUAUAUGGAACGAGUGCUUCUGCGCAGCAGAAUAUGAUGAAGAUGAGCAUGUUGCUGUUAGCCUGCCUUGUCGACAUGUAUUUGGUAGGAGCUGUAUUGCUCGGUGGUUUCGGAUGAGGUUAGAUCGGCAGCGGGAGAUGGGUCUGCUUGGGGUUGAGGGAGAGGAUGGUGAUAAUUGCCCGAUGUGUCGGACACCGAUGAGCCGGGGAGAGGAGCAACAAGAAGGUGAGUCUGACGGGGAGGAGGAUUCAGACUCAGAUGAGGAGUUAUGA